GACUGUAGUGUAGAAUGUACAGGGCAGUAGUUUUUCCUCCUUUUAAGUUGCUUUACCGGAGAAACAUGAACGGCCGCUAAUUGGCAGCUGCGGACCACCGGCCACCCUGCCCUAUUUUACCCGGCGGAGUCUUCAGAGAAACACACGGGGGGACUAUAUUAGCUCUGAGUCUCUGAAAUAAGGUGGGCAAGUGCUGAAGUCGAAGACAAGACAGGAUGAGAGAGAGAGGCCCCGGCAGAGGAGGAAAAUAGAGAGAAUAGAAAGGAGGAGGGAAGAAAAACGAGGCAGAACGAGAGAGGAACGCCAAAGAGAAUCUCUGGGAUAAAUAAAUAAAAAAGACUUGUUUGGAUAGAUGAAAAGAUGAAGCCGAUAAAAAAGCAGGGCCGGCGCUCUCCUCCCUCCACUCGGGCCAAAGGGGGGAAGCGUCGCGGAGCGGGUGAUGCCCCAGAAGGAGGGGAGAAGAGAGACUCGGACGAGAACAGAGACAGAAGCAGAUCCCCGCAAAACCGAACGCCCUCCUCUUCAUUUUCUUCUAAUUCACACUCAGAGUCCUCGGACCCAAUUAGAGCAGAGGGGGAGGGGCUUCACAGAGAGGGGCUGUCAGAGACGACACUUGUGAUCGAUUCUGGGAAGUUUCUGCCAUCCUCGGAUGAUAGAUCAGGGAGGGCGGCUGUGAGCAGCCACAGUGACAGUGGCGGCAGCAGCUGCAGUAACAGUAGUACACCAAGCGCCAACAACAGCCCGAACCCCGCCUCCAGCCGGAAAACAGCCACUUUCAAGGCCCGUGUUCCCAAGAAGAAGUACACCUCUGAACACUGCUUGUCUGGUAACCAUAGCAACACAUCAUCCAGCACGCCACCUCCUCUUUCUCUGAGCGGUGGUGUCAUCAACCACGGGUCAACAGGUUCAGGAAGUGACAUCAGUGUCUCGCACUCUGACGGUCAGAGCAGGAGCCUGAUGGACGACUUCCACAGCAGGAGCACCGGCAGGGAGGGGACACAGGACGGCUCCCCGGGACCCCCCACACUGUCUCUGGGAGGGGACAGGGAAAGGCCUGCAGGAGGGGAAGAGGCGAGAGAUGCAGAGCGAGUGUUGCCUAGCCCGCUUCCUCGCUGUUCCUCAACAGACACCGCCAGCGAGCACUCAGCCGACUUGGAGGUGGUUGGCGACUCGCACGCCCUCAACCAGACACAUGCACCUACGAGUCUCCCUGAUGCGCUGUCGGACGCCCUCGCCAAAGGGCUGAAGAAUCAGCGUGUCCUUGCCCGACAGAUCAGAAGAAGAAGUGACGAGGAGGGAGGAGGCGAGAGGAGGGAUGAUGGUUCAGACUUGGUGUUCCGGGCCGGGGUAGUCCGUAAGGUCAGCGGUGAAUUUGGAAGCCUGGAGGUGCAACUGAAUGGCGAGAAGACGUUGUGUCGCUAUCCAUAUCGACACGACAGCCCCCCAGGGGUGGUGGACAUCAUCCUUGAUGCCCCGCCGCCUGGUAUCCAUCCCAUACCCGUUGGCACUCGUGCUUGUGUACCAUUCGGCAACGAGGAGGGCAGCGAGGGUCAUUGUCAGUGGUACCGAGAAGGUGUUGUGACUCAAGUGGACACGCACCCCGCAGUGGCCAACCGCUACCGCGUCCUGCUGUCUGAGGACAGACCACACUCUGUGGAGGAUGAAGACGGUAGAGCUGGUACCCAGGCGGUGUGGGUCUCCCGACAAACGCUCCGGCUCCUGGUGCCACCUUGGGAUCUGGAUCUGCCGUCCAGCGGAGCGCGAGAAGGAGAAGAGGGCGGCAGAGAGAAAGAAAGGGAGCGAGAGGACAGGGAGGAGAUAGACGUGGAGCAGGAGGUGUGUCGUUUGAGCCGGGGGAUGACACCCGGGUCGGUGUUAGGGAGAGGAAUCCCCUACCCAGGCAUGGUCCCUGUUUCCUCCACAGCGGGACACAACAUCAGCUCCCCAGUCACCCCGGCGUCUGUCCUCAGCCUGGCUCCGGGCCGAGAGUGGGACAUCGAGAAAGACUUGGAGAGAGAGAGGGACCUCCAGAGAAUACAGGAGAGGGACAGGGAGAGAGAGCGAGAAAGGGAGAACAGUGCAAAGCAGCAACAGCAGCAGCAACACCACCCGUACAUGCCACUCACCCCCGAAGAGGACAUGGAGGUGUCCCACUUUAACAUGCUCCCAAUGGGGGCCAUGAUACCCGGGGCCAAACCGAUGGCAGUCCCCCAACAUCGCCACAUCGUCUCCAAGCCCCCACCUGGCUACCUCAAUCCCCACUUGUCUGUGGUGCGGGGCAUCGGAAUCCCUUCUGCCCACCUGGCCUUGAACCCCCAUCCCCCGCCGUCACCUGUCCUGUUAGGCCUCGACCCGGCAACUGCAGCAGCUGCAGCCGCCGGUGCCGUCAUCGCUACCCCUCAGCUCCCGCCUCUCCCUCCGAUCUCCUCCUCCACCGCAUCUUCCUCCAGAGUAGAGAAAGCCUCAGCAGGAGGUUCUUCCAGUGCAAGUGGUGGCGGUGGAUCUGGAUCGGGUUCGACCUCCUCCUCCUCCUCACGAUCCCGCACCCCGCUGACAGCCGCCCAGCAGAAGUACAAGAAGGGAGAUGUGGUGUGCACGCCAACAGGCAUCCGCAAGAAGUUCAACGGGAAGCAGUGGAGGCGGCUGUGCUCCAGGGAGGGCUGCUCCAAGGAGUCCCAGCGCCGAGGAUACUGCUCCAGACACCUGUCCAUGAGGACCAAGGAGAUGGAGGCCAGUGGAGGCAGCCGGGAGCGAGGCGGCGCCAGCAGCACGGGGACCCUGACGCCGUCUGAUCUGCGGCUGAGCGGUGGGAGAGCCAGCUCAGAGUUUGACUGGGAUGAGACGUCACGUGAAAGCAGCGAGGCCAGCAGCCGUGGAGGAGACUCCCGCCCCCGCCUGGUGCUUCCCUCUCUGCUCCCCCAGGACCUGUCUCGUUUCGACUUUGAUGAGUGUGAGGCAGCGACCAUGCUUGUCUCCCUCGGAGGUUCCCGCUCAGGCACGCCGUCGUACUCCCCCAUCUCCAAUCAGUCGCCCUUCUCUCCUACCCCAUCGCCCUCACCCUCUCCGCUAUUCGGCUUUCGUCCUGCUAAUUUCAGCCCCAUCACUGCUCCUGCCUCGCUUACUACACGCCGCCAACGCCAGCUCAGCGGCACCAAGAUGAGUACGCCAGGUGUUGAGCGAGAGCGGCACCUGUCUGGGAUCGUACCCACGUUUCAGACCAAUCUCACUUUCACAGUCCCUAUGAGCCCCAGCAAGAGGAAGCUCGACUCCCACCCGCCCCCUCCGCUGCCCGCCAUCCAGGACUACCAGACCAAACCGGAGCAGCAGCUGGUGGGCAUGGGGGGCGGCAUGGUGGGAGAUCCAACCCUCGGCCACAGCCCCGCUGCCUUCAGAGUCCUCUCCCCGCAGAGUCAGCCCACAACCCCCUCCUCCCUCUCCUUCCCUCGGCCUCGUAGCGCCACCAGCAGGCCGCCAUCCUCCGCUGCCUCCACACCUCCUCCGAUGCUGGUCUCCCCCACUCCUCCCUCCCCGCUGCCCCAGGAGCCCUCCCCACGCCGCAUUGUGCCCCUCCGUGAUUCCCCAGUCAUCGUCCGCAACCCGGAUGUCCCCCUGGCCAAGUUCUCAGACGGCCCGUUAGGGAGGAGAGAGAGGAGCAGGUCCAGAGAGCACAGCCAGCCCCAACACCCUGCUCCCCCGGGCCUGCAGGUCCCCGUCCCCAUCAACGGGGCCACCACCAACGGGGCGGUUCUCCUGCGCAACCCCACGUCCACACUCGUCCUGGUCACCUCCAGCUCGUCGCUGACUCCAGCCACAGUGGGCCACGCUGCCCUCUCCAGCCCCUCCACCCCCGGGUCCAUGUCCACUUCAUCGGGCUCCAUUCUGUCCUCCUCUGGCUCAGGAGGCCGGGAGCGCGAGAGGAAACCCGAGGGACACCAGGACGCCUCCGGAGGCGGGCUGCCACAGCCAGUAGCCUGUCACCCGACGCCGACCGCCCUGCUGCCGCUUAUACUGCCAGCUGAGUCGCCUCACCCCGCUCCACGCAAGCAGAUCAUCAUGGGACGGCCGGGGACUGAGCCUCGUUGCGGCGUGGCACUGGUGAGCGACGGGCGGCCCGGCCCUCCAGACCCAGAGAGGGGAUCGCCGUCAUGCCCUCCCCCGACCAAUGACAAUCCUCCUGCAGACAGGGGCGGGGCUGACAGUGAGACAGAGAGCGAUACAGACGACCCGUUCUCCCCGGGUGUGGCCAACGAUCCUGCGCCCUCCACCGGCCCCAUGAAGAGACGCACACAGUCCCUCAGCGCCCUGCCCAAGGACGGAGACAGGAAGAGGGAGAAGGACCACAUCCGCCGACCCAUGAAUGCAUUCAUGAUCUUCAGUAAACGCCACCGGGCCCUGGUGCACCAGCGACAUCCCAACCAGGACAACCGGACAGUCAGCAAGAUCCUGGGGGAGUGGUGGUACGCUCUGGGGCCCAACGAGAAGCAGCAGUACCACGAUCUGGCCUUCCAGGUAAAAGAGGCCCACUUCAGAGCUCAUCCAGACUGGAAGUGGUGCAACAAGGACCGCAGGAAGUCGCUGUCAGAGGGCCGCGGGAUGCCAAAAGAGCCACGGGAGAGGAGCAUGUCAGAGAGCAUAGAUCCACAUCCAGAGUCUCAGGUGCUGGAGGGGAAGGGAGGAGGCUCGGGUUGGCCGGGGGGAUCGGAGCGUCGAGGGGGGCUGUUUUUGGGGCAGCACCCCCGUCCGCGAGCCUUUUCCCAGAGUGCCGUGCACACCCUGGAGCAGAGGGAGAGAGAGAGAGACCUGGAGAAGGAUGACGGGGGGAGUUUGUUUCGCCACCGGUCCCCGCCUCUGUACCAGGGUGGGGCUAGUGAGGAUGUGACCAGUGACGAGGAGCGCAUGGUCAUCUGUGAGGAAGACGGGGACGAUGAUGUUAUGGAGGAUUCAUGUCCUGAAGGCUCCAUUGACCUCAAGUGUAAAGAGAGAGUGACGGACAGCGAUGAGGACGAACCAGACGGACAGCAUGGCUUCCAGCCAGUGGCUCGCUCCUCUCUCCCUUCUUCCUCUCCCUCCAUCCCUCACUCCGACUCCACCUCAGCUAAAGGAAACGGAGGAGGAGAAGGAGGAGGAGGUGGUGAAGAGGGGUCUGAGAGGAAGAGAAAGAGAGGCACAGAUGGAGGAGAGGAAGGGAGCGAGGGAAGAUCCAAGAGAGAAGAAACAGUAGCAGGUGGAGGAGAAGGGGGUGGAGGAGGUGGCGUCUCCUCUCUGUCUGUCGCAGGCUCAACAUCCAGCAGCCAGGCUCCCCUCGCUUUGGCCCAGCCGGGUUUGACGCAGGUCUUCGGCGCCGUCCGCAUGGCUCCCACUAUGGUGACCAAUGUGGUGCGACCCAUCGCCAGCACGCCCAUCCCCAUCGCCAGCAAACCGGUGGAAGGAGCCGUCACCCUCAGCUCGCUGCCUCAGGACAAGAAGGCCACACUCUUGAUUGGAGGAGGCGGACCUCAGCAGCUGCCGAUCACAGCAGGGGGUGGGUACCUGUCCUCAUCCUCCUCCCCCGGUCCAGUCAGUGUAACCCCAGGGGGGGGCAGCGGCCUCGUCACUAGCCUAGUUCUGGGAGGGUCCUUUCCUGCUGCCCAACCAGUGCAGCUCCUCACCCCGCAGCCGCACGCACAAACCCCCCUACCCGUUCUCCAGCCCCAGCUCCACCCCACUGCUGCCACCUCCUCUCUCACACCUCCCACCGGCCCCAAGCCGCUAGCGCAGGUCCAGUACAUCCUGCCUACCGAGAGCCCCUCCUCCCCUCAGCUCACCCACCAGCAAAUUCUCUCCCUGCCCGCCAGUGCCGCCCUGGCCAAUGGCGUUCACUCAGGGGCGGCAAUCAGAGUUUCAUCAGUCAGCCCCGGGACCAGAGUCCAAACCCAGUCGCCAGUCUUGCAGAGCAAGAUGUUGGUUCCCAUGGCAACAGUGAGAACAGGGUCUACUCCUCCUCAUCCUUCCAUUUCCCUGGUCGCUCCGCCUCUUCCUGUGCAGAACGGCCCCGCGACAGGAAACAAGAUCAUCCAGAUCGCUCCCAUGCCUGUGGUCCAGACCAAUGUUCACCCUGGCGGCACGGCAGCAGUGCAUCCUGGGAGCCCUUUUCCUGUUUCCAUGGCAACCGUGAUGGCUCCCGGUGCCGCGCCCCCACAGACGGUUCUUCUGACCUCUCCACCCACCAGGAUCACCUAUGUCCAGUCUGGCCCAGGAGUUACCACGGCAACACCCCAACAGGCCACACCUGCCCCCGGUCCUGCAUAUCUCCCAUCAUCCCUUGCGACCCUGGGCUUCACGGCCAUUGCCCCGGCCGCACAAACCCUGGUUCAGCCGAUUGUCGGUCAACCCCCACUGUUGGCUCCAGCUCCGCCCCUGAGCUGUCAAUCACAGACGCCUCCAGGUCAGGCAUCAGGAGCUGCUGGUCGUCAGGUACUAACUGCCAUCUACCCCGCACCAACCGUUGCACUUCCAACUGGCGUCGUCUCUGUUACAACCGCGCCGCCUGCAGUGGGCGCCCCGGCCCAGGACGUAAUGAACCCUUCCUCUCCGUUGGCGACGGGGUUGCAGGGUUCGAUGGCCGUGACCCCUCAGCCUAACGUGGCAGAGGAGGUGGAGGUGAAGGUGGAGGUGAAGAGGGAGAACCUGCAGGACGCUGCCACUGAGGACGGAGGACAGCCGAGCUGUGCUGCCAGCUCCUCCUCAGCCGCCUGUACGGUUAAUGUCACAGCAGUUAAAAAAGAGGAGGACAUCGGUGUGUACAUCAAGGAAGAAAACCUCAGAGACGGAUACAGCAGAGAGAAACGCAGCGACAUGGAAAGAGAGCAAGAGAGAGGGAUGAAUGAGAGCAGUGAAAGGAAGGGAGGCAGAGAGACGGACAGAGAGGACCACAGCAUGAGCGACAGCAGCAAAGAGGCCGGACCUCGCACCCCUCCUCCUCCACCCUCAGGUUUGGACCCCCCUCCCCCUCCUCCUGCGGAAAGAGAGCCCCCCUCUUCCUCAAAGAAGACCAAGUUCAGACCCCCACCGCUUAAAAAAACACCUGACUCUCUUGAAAAGGUCUUGUCGGAGACGUACUUUGAGGAGCGUUUUGCUGAGCUUCCAGAGUUUAAUCCAGAGGAGGUCCUUCCUUCACCCACUCUGCAGAGCCUGGCCACCUCGCCAAGAGCCAUCCUGGGAAGCUACCGCAGGAAGAGACGCAACUCCACCGAACUGGAGCUGACAGCAGAAGACCCCAGCUCCCCGAGGAGGAAGACCCGCCGUCUCUCCAGCUGCAGCUCAGAGCCCAACACCCCGAAGAGCGCCGCCAAGUGUGAGGGAGAGAUCUUCACCUUCGACAGAGCAGGUACAGAAGGAGAGGAUCUGCUGGGAGAUUUGGACCGGGUCCCCUACUCGUCUCUGCGCAGAACUCUGGAUCAGCGCCGCGCCCUGGUCAUGCAGCUGUUUCAGGAGCAUGGCUUCUUUCCCUCAGCUCAGGCCACCGCUGCCUUCCAGGCACGCUACUCAGACACCUUCCCCACUAAGGUGUGUCUGCAGCUGAAGAUCCGCGAGGUCCGUCAGAAGAUCAUGCAGACGGCCACGCCCGGAACCCUUGAGCCUGGAGGGCCAGCUGACGCCUUCCCCGCCCCGUCGCACAGCUCCUCUUUCAAUCAAUCAGCCCGGGAGGACGGAGGGGCGGAGCAGCAGGGAGACAAAGGCCGGAGCCCCGAGGAGCCGAAAAGCGAAGGAUCAUAAGCUGGAGAGGAUGACGCCGUGGAAAAAUCAAGAAAAGGAGGAAGAGAAAGAGGAGUGUGUCAUCCCGCAGAAUGUUCUUGCAUGUGUUGAACCAGUACGGCUCCAGCGGGAUCCGUUCUACUGGCACUAAUUCCCACCAGACCUGGGCAGAAAAACCAUUUGAAUAUGGUCACAAAUAUUCAAACUACUCAAGGCGCGCUUGAUUCGUCUCAUCAGACUUUCAAAAAAAAGGGGGAGGAAUCACACGCAAGUCCUGAUGAGUCAAGUGCUCCUUGUAGUUUUUGCUUUUUGUUCCAAGUAUCCAGAUUAUUUUCAGUUAACACUUUGCCCAGGUCUGCUCUCAGCACAUUUGUACAGUAGUUUGUAGUUUGACACACAAACUCUGUGGUACACACUCUCUAUCUCUCUGGCACACUCACACACAAACCCUGGUGCAUAUGUAAUCUCCAGCAUGCACAUGAUCCCACAUAAACACACACACACACACACACACACACACACACACACACUUACCAAAUCAGACUGUUACUCUUGGUCGGCCGUCCCCAGGAGGAGCCACCAAGGACCACGACACACAAAGGCACUUUGUCACUUAUUGUGCAGAUGCAGUUUGCUGUUGCCAGCCAGCCAGCCAGCCCUCAGAUGCCAUUGACUUGACCUCCUUCUCACCCUUCCACUCCUCAGCACAGUGGUCGGGACACAAACACAACCCCAACGACCUCCACUGAUAUUCCACAGCCCCUCGAUGCUGCAAGACAGACAGCACACACACACACACAGUACACACACACACACAGUGCACGGACACGUCUGUGCAGUGUGAGCACUCGUACACAAACAUAGUCAACCGUGGUCUGACCAAGCCAUUGGCCUGCACAGUUUUUAGUGAUUGUAGUGAGAAGAGAAACUGAAAGCAUGACGUCUAUUCGCUCCUGGAAAACGGAAAAAAAAAAGAAGGCAGGAGUCGGGAUGUAGUGUGACCAAUCUUUGCACCUUCAGUUAUUGCCAUUAUGAAAGACUGAGUCCUCAUUGGUGGGAGCUGAUUCUAUAUGUCUGUAUGUCCGUUGGGGUCCCUGCCCCAAAACCGUAAAGAGAUUAUGUAAAGAGACUAUUGGUUGUGAGGCUUUGAAGAAGUUCGACACUGACCGGCUCGACAGAGCGCAGAGAAAAAGCGAAAGAAGAAGAACCCGGAUCAUUGGAUGGAAGAUUCAUAAUUCCAAUUAUAGGACGUCAGAUAAUAAUAGGACAACAACAACAUGACAAGCUUACCAACAGAGAGAAAAAGUAGAAUUUUAACCAAACUUCUCUGAAUCUCCCAGUGGAUAUAAUGUUGCUUUCUCUCGUUAUCGUGGAAAUAACCAGUUUUACCGUGGCCUGUUUUUCUCUUGUGGCUCUAUUGUGUUUCUUCUCCAGCAUAAAAAAAAAUCACAACAAAAAAAAAAACAAAAAAAACUCUGGACAAAGAAGGGGACAAAAUCAGUCUGUGCCCCCCCCACUUUUAAUUGUACCUGGGGCGGUUCUCCCUCCGCCUAACCCCUCCACCGCCACUCCCCUUCCCUCCUCUUCGUUUUCUCACCAGACAGAAGUGGGGGAGCAGGGGCGUUUGUCGUUUUGUAAAAACGUUGAAAUCAGGUGUUUGCACAAUUUGUGCGGCCCUUCUCGCCGCAAGUUAAAUCAGGAAAGUAUUGUUUUUAGAGAUUGUUUUAGUAGAAAAAAUAAUAACCUUGUUCCGUAUGUUAUCAGCCACCUUAUUCCUCCCCUUUUCUCCUCCUCUCAACCCCGUUUCUCCUCCCUCAAGUGUUGUUAGAAAGUGCCCUUAAGCACUGGUCCCGGGUCAAGCGCUAUGUAGCUCAGGAUGGUUCUGGUUAGGGUUAGUUCAGGGAAAGCAGAUCCUAGACCAGCCCUGGAGGGCAGUCUCUGGAGCCCUCCCCUCUUCCCUCUCUUCUCGACACUUUAUCCUUUCCCGUCAAAUGGUGCAAUAGGACAUUUAUUUUUUUGGAAAUGGGUGGGUUAUUUUGUUUUUGUUUUUUUUCAGGGGGGGAGGCUCUGUGCCAUAGAUAUUAAACCCAGUGCAGUCAGUCAGUGAGAGGAAUGAGCUGUUGUGAUACUGUCUUUAACUAUAAAACAAAACAAAAAAGAAUCACACAAUUAUUGUUCUUGUCGAAGAGAUAGAGAGUAUAACUUACUAAAAGUCAAAGACGAUUUUUGAAUAGCACUUUUUGGCUCUUUGCUUCCUUGGUGAAGAGUGGGGUUAGUUAUUAUUAUGGGUAUCUCUUUUAUUUCUCUGUAUACAGUUGGAUGUGUGAAAAAAUAUAUAUACCGGUAUUUCCAUAUAUGUGCAUUUAGGUCUGUGUUCGGGUGUGUGUGUAUGUUUUGGCACAUGCAGGUAGUGUGUUAACACAACUAACCUCUUGUUCUUUCUCCACACAGCAACAUUAUCAAUAGUAUAUUUUUCAUUGUAUUCUACAUUCUAUAUUCUACUCUAGAGACAGUAUUUUUAUAGUCACCAUGACUAUUUUGUCUGCCAUCUUGACUGUUAUCAAACCCAGUUGAUUCAGGAUAUAUAUAAAAUAUAUAUUCAGGAUAUAUACAGUAUAUAAAUAUAUAUGACUACACACAGGUAAUAGAGGACUAUCAAUUCACAUCUCUUUUGGGGUUAGGGCUGUAAAAGUGUCCAUCUGCAUGCAUGUGCAAUCACAUGCACGCGUGCGCACACCCACACAGACAUAUGUGCAUACACACACAUGUAUGCGUGUACACUGUAUGAUUGUGCUUAAAAAUAAACUGUCCUUACUUUGGAGAAGGAAUUUUAGGAUGAGCGAGGUGAGUGUUAUCUCAUAAGCAGGCAUGUUGACCAUGUGCAAUAUUUCUAAACAACAACAAAAAAAACUAAAUAUUGAAAAUAUUAAAGAUCUAACACAA